CUUCUAACCCUAAUUAUGCAGGAAACUGAAUAUCGUGACAUAGUUUAUCCUUGGUGGCAACGAGUUUGGUCCUUGUAUUAUCCGUCCCCAACGCAAUCACCAGUUCUCUCGGCCGGCUUCAUUAGUUGGACCAUUUCAAUGUCACUUUCAGUCUCGGCGUUAGCCUGUGCAAUAUCUACGAGUCGUGUCAGAGCCUUCCUCGACGAUUUUUCAAUCGUUCUACAGGAUUUAUUUAUCGCGAUUAAACAUUAUAUCGAAUAUCUCACGAAGAAAAUACGUGAAAUUGCCUUGUCCUGGGAUAGUGACAAGUCUUCUUGCGAUGGUGCGGAUGGAAGCGAUCUCAGUUCUCUCUGCGAAGACUAUGGAUCGGAGAUCUCAAAUGAUAUUAAACAAACGAAACGUCAGCAGGUGCAUCCAAUCUGUUAUGGAACUAACUGGACGCCUAAGCCGAAUUUCUUGAAUUUUGGUAAAGAGACGCAGAGGAAAGCAUCGAUGAAGUCGGUGCAUACUGUAACGGGUGUCGCGGAAACACAACGAGCAGAGAAAUUUUCACCCAGACGUCAUAAACGUGGCUGUCACACAGCUAUACCUAGCAAUUCGAGUGACAAAUCGAGCGGAUGUUAAAAUCAUUCCAUUCUUUUGAGAAUGUUUUUUUUUUUUUUUUUGGCAUUUUUACUACAAAUAUAGAUAUCACGUUUCGAUGAUCCGAAUGAUGAUUAUUUUUCUCUUUUUCUGGCUUUUUUCUUUUCUUUUACUUUGCUUUUAUUCGAUUUGGGAAGAAGGAAUGGACUUCCCUGGCGAUUAUCGGAUCAUUCAUUUUUUUGGUAGGUUGAACCUUCGAAAAGAAUGAAUUGACACUUGGAUAUAUCUCGUGAAUAAUUGAUUAGGCAUAAUAGUUUAUAAGUAAAAUUGAUAAUAGCGUGAUUUCGUUAUUUAGACGAAUAACAUUGAACGCUUUAGAGCGUUUUAUAUUCUUAUUAUGGAUAACAUGAGAUUACGUGAAAAUAACUUUAGGAUGAACUUUUCUUAUAAAAUUAUUUCUUUUUCUGAGAUCUAAUAAAGUAAAUUAUGGUUUAUUUUUAUGAUUCUCCAUUAAUCAUCUCUAAAAUAUUUUCUUUGGUGAAUCUUUCUCUUCGUCUCCUGUAUGCAUCGAUGGUUUUAAAUCAAUGUAUUUCUAACGUUUUACAUAAUAUUUGUAAAUCUUCGUUAUUUAUUUGCACAAAAAUGACGAGAGUCCUGCGACUUCCUGUAUAGCCAGGAUUUCCAUGGCCCGAUCACGAGAGAAGGUAUACGUUCUCAUUGCGCAUGCGUCUGUAGUAUAAGGAGGGAGAUAAAAACAUACACACACACACACACACAGAGAGAGAGAGAGAGAAUUACUCCCCGUCUUGCACCGAAGCAUUAUUCUGUAACGAUAUUCCUUGUGGGGUAGGUCGAACAAAAUAGCGGUCGGUAAUUUCAGUCGAAGGCAUAUUAAACAAAUAAGAGAAAAAUAUUUUCCAUUGAAUGAUCAAAACUGUGACCUUUCUUUUUAACUUUACCAUUUGAUAUUUUUAAGAAGAAAAGAAAAAACUCAUCAAAUGUUUUUCAACCUUUUUUAAUUCCGACGAAAACGAAGCUUAUUUCACGAUUUUUUUCUCGAUUGGAUUACUUUUUUAAAUUUUUGGAGUGAAAUUGUGAGAAUCGUUCCCAACCCCCGUUUUUUUUUCUUUAAUUGUGACGCAUUUGGUAACAAGAUAACGGAGAUUUUAGAACGAAAACAAAGAAAACUUUUUUG